CAAAAAUAGAUUAUGCCUGUUUCUUGUCUUAAACGUUCUUUAUGUAAACUGUUUCUUAUAAUUUAUUUUCCAUAUUUAUUUCACCAGUGUAUUUCAAUGUGCCCUAGCCGGAAAUGGUGACAAACACUAAUUUGGGUCUUCACUUCUUCUGAUGGCGACUAAAGCUGAAUCUUCUUCCUCAGAAUUUCUAAUUAAUAAAAUAAGGAUCAACAAUUCCAAUUCAUCCAGAUUUCUUCUUACCCUAUCUCACUCACUCAAAAAUUCUAUAACAAACAAACCAAUUUCUCCUCCUUUCCCUUUUUUAACUCCUCCUCCUUUGUUUCAGGUUUGCUUAGAAAAUUGGUGGUUGAUUAAAUCAGAAGAUGGAAACAGAUUAUGCAUUCAAGGUUACACCUUAACCGAAAAUCGAGCUCGGCGAGUAUUUUCAUCUGCACCAAUUACUAAAAAAUACAGUUUAAUCCAGCUUAAGACAGCUGAUGGGAUCAACACCUUACUUGGAGGCAUUAUCAAUAAAUCUCGUACUCUCGAAAAUGGGUUUUCCUCGGAGGUUCGCAGUCGUUUCUUAUUGGGGCUUCCCUAUGACUGGGAGGAUGAUGUUUGGGCCAAGAAUCUGCUGGUGAUGGUCCUGCUCUAACUAGUAUGCCUGACUUUGAUGAGUCAACAGACGUGUUAUCUUCUCUGCCCAACCGUGUAUGUGGAAAACUAGUUGGAGACACGAGAGUUCAAAGAGCACCAGUGAAGGUGGCAAGUUGAAAAGCAAAGGUUGCAGCUAUGGUUCUGUUGAAAUUUUAAAAAAUGCUCCAGCAUCUUUAAGUUCUGAUGUGAAAGAAAAGGCUGAUCCGUAUGAGGCUAGUGUUGCAGUACCAGUGGACAUCCUGAGUACAAAACGUAAAGUAGGUCACCCAAAGAAGAAAGGAAAAAAAUCUCGUGCUAUUCCUGGGUCUUCAGGCUGUGGGGUUGUACAAGUUCAUGUGGAUCUAAUAAGUCAUGGCUCUGAAGGAAAUUUGGAGAGGUCUAAGCCAGAAGCACCAGUUGUUACCGUAGAGGACUCUUCUCUGCAGAGACUUCCCGAAGCUAAUGUUAGUUGCUCAAUUGAAGUGGGUUUGGAUACCUUCAAACUUGCUCCGCCUCUGCGUAAAGUUUCUGCAACAAGAACUAGCAGUGGGUUGAAGAUUACAGUAGGCAAAGGGAAUAGAGCAUCGAAAUGUUCCAAUGAGAAUGUCAGUAGUAUCUCUGGUCCAUUAUGGAAGAUUUCGAGACACCGAAAAAGGUAAUGAUUAAAAGCUGUGAAUCAAAUCCUUCUAGCUGUAAUAUUGACAGGGCAAAGGAAGUUAUGAGUUCAUCUAAAGGCAGAAUCAAAAUACUGGCAAACGAUUUGAAGGAUGAACAACCUACCGACUAUAAGAUUCACCUGCGGACUCCGGGAAGUAAAACGGUGAAGAAAGAAGUAUCUCCACUGCCUUCUUCCAAGAGUAAAAAGAAGAACCAAUUUUCAAGUGGCCAAGAAGGUCCUUAUUUUAAUCCCGAACGGUCUAGAUCUGGUAAUUCGGUCAUUCCAUUUUUCAACUAGCAUUUGAAAAAUCGAAUUGUUGGAAGUCUACUUAUACCUCCAUUAGAGUUUUGGCGAAACCAACAUGUCCUGUAUGAUAAGGUAGUAAAUCUGAGCCACCGAAAGCAAAAAGAAAACUGUUAUGAUGCUUUGACAUAGGAAUAGUUCGGUUGUAAAUGGUGAGUUGCAGUAAAAGUGUAGCCCCUUUUUUUUGUGAAAAUCUAGUUUUUGUCAAUAUAUCAGCAUUAUAAGGAAAAUAGUUGCUUUUCUUUCUGCAGCCAGUUUCUACGUUAGUCAGAGUUUUUCACUAGUAGGGUAAAAAAUGGUUUACCUUUCGUUAUUUCCUUUAUUAUAGCAAUAGACAACUGUCUUAUAAUUCUUGGUUGAAAAAAGUGCAAAUAAUGAAAUUUUGUUCUUUAGUAAAGAAUAUAAUAAUAUGCUAGAUUAUUUCAUUCUCUCUAUAAACUCAGAGAACAUGGGCAAUGUUUCCAUCACAAGUACUAAUAUUAUAGCUGUUCAUUUUCAAAAUUAAAAAUCGUUUGACUAGAUUCCAAUCAUCCAACUCACUAGGUGAGUUAUUAAGAGUAGAAAGAAGAACCGUCAUUAAUAUGUUUCCACAUUCAAACCACACACAAAACCUAAAAUAGGGGCGAUUUUUGUGGAACUAGUUUUCUUCUUCUCCUUAACUCCCCAUUGUUGAUUCAAGUAAGUAAUCCAUCACAAUCUUUUCAGUUCUAGUGCAAUUAUCAUAGGUAAUUAGUUAGUUCUCUUGAUAUUAAUUUGCUUCCUGUUACAAAUUUUGUUGAAAAUACAACUAUUAUCUAUUAAGUACCAAGUAUUUUAGGUAUGGGUACUGAUGCAAUGGAGAUAGGAGGAGUGGAUUUGAGAAAGUUUUUCAUGCUUCCAAUAAAAAUUUCUUAUAGAUCUACAUCCAAACAUCCAUUGAUUGUGGGUUUUGUUUUAUUCUCAUUAUUAUUGUAUGGAUUUUUUCCUUUUCUAUUUGUUAUCUUGGUUUCUUCUUCUCCUGUUCUUGUUUCCACUUUUGUUCUUCUCGGUACAUUAUUGAGUUAUGGCCAGCAUCCUCAUAUACCACAAAUUGAUGAAGAAGAUGAUGAUGUUCAAGAAGUUGCAUCAACGAGAAAAACAGAAAUUGAGCUGCUGACACCGAAUUUGGGAGAUUCUUCUUUACUGUGGAAGAAGAUCAAAGACCAGGAAGAUGAUGAUGUUCAAGAAGUUGCAGCCACAAGAAACACAGAAAUUGAGCUGCUGCCACCAAAUUUGGGAGAUUCAUUUGGUUCUAUUCAAGAUUUUUCUUUACCGUGGAAAAAGAUCAAAGACCAUGACGAGGAUGAUGAUGAUGGUGAGUCUUUCAAUUCAGAUUCUGAUGGUGCAGAGAGUUUGUUUCCUGAUGCGUCAAUUACAGACAUUAAGCCGAUGAUUAAUGAACUCCAUCCUUUACUUGACACUGAAACUCCUCACCGUGAUGCUCAUGAAUCGUCUUCAGAUGAUGAGUUUAGUGCUGCUUCUGAUAGAUCCCAAAGCUCAAAUGAUAUCCAUGUUGAAUCAAGUGAAGAGGAUGAGCACCAUGAAGAUGAAGAAGAUGACGAUGAAGAAGAUGAAGAAGAAGGUCAAUGUGAGACCACUGAGCAUGGUACCAAAGCUGUUUUAAAAUGGACAGAAGAUGAUGAAAAGAAUCUCAUGGAUCUUGGGAACUCUGAGCUGGAAAGAAAUCAGCGGUUGGAAAGUCUUAUCGCAAGACGAAGAGCUAGGAAGAGCUUCAGAAUGAGUGAAUCGGAGAUGAAUAUGAUGGAUUUGGACUUUAAUAGGCCCCCAUUUCUGAUUGCACCAAUUUCAACUGGGAGGCGCAACCCAUUUGAUCUUCAUUAUGACUCUUAUAUGGGACCUGGAUUACCUCCUAUGCCUGGUUCAGCUCCUUCUGUUAUGCUACCACGAACAAAUCCAUUUGAUCUUCCUUACGAUGACCCACUUGAAGAAAGACCUGAUUUAGCUGGAGACAGCUUUGGCGAAGAGUUCAUGACAGCUCAUGAGAAGGAUAUGCACUACAGGAGGUGUGAGAGCUUCAACAUGGGAGCUUAUUUCUUUAAAGAUCACAGGCAAGAAAAGAACAAUGUCAGUAGGUUCAAACCUCAUUUUGUAACUGAAGAAAUGGCAUCAGAAGGGCGAUUUUCUAGAUUUAGCAGACAGAUGAGUGAAGCAAGUGAGUCUAAGUUGAGUUUUGCAUCUGAGACCGAAUCACAUUCUACAAUUGCAAACCAGGAAGACUCUAGUAAUCUUGUUGAAGAACAAUUAUCAUUUCAGGAAUGGGAGCUCAAUCCUGCUGUUGAACACACACCUGAGCGAGUGACGCUAGGAAGUGAACUCUUGGAAGAAAGUCGCUUGGAUUUAGAUACUAGUAAAGAAGCUAAGGAUGACAUCGAUUUAUUUAAGGUUAAGCAUGAAAAUGAUGGCACCAAAACUUCCCGUGGAACACAAUCAAGAUUCUACUCUGAAUUCAUCUCUUUAGAAGAACACCUCACAGGCUACGUUCAUGUGGACCAAGAAUCGGGCAAAGAGCAGCAGCACACAAGUUACAUCUCCCUCUCAUCAUCUGGGGUUGAUGAAAAGAUCAAAGAGAAAAGUGAGGAUAAAGAAAGUUCCAAUGGAAAGCAGUCGAGCAAUGUUCAAGUCGAUCAAGAAAUGGUUCAACAUCAACAGCACACCAGGUCAAACUCCCACUCAUCUUCAGACGUGCAUGAAAAGAUCUUUGACGUGAACAUAGACGAAGAGUUAUCAGAUCAGGAGCCAGAAAGAGGUCCGUGAGCACUCCUCCAACUUCACGCAUCAGACAGUUGUUGAUUCUGAUUUUCUUACCAGGGUUGUAGAAGAAAAUGAUAGUCAUACAGAGGCACCUGUUUAUGACUCUAGCCCAUCAGCGUCUAAUCAGGACAUCUCUGACAUGAUGAGCAUGGAAGAAACAAUGAGUUAUAAAGAUAGCAUAGUUUUCCCUUCUAGUUCAUCUGUGAAUGCAUGAAGAGGCACCAGAACCCGCAGUCGAGGAAGGAAUCAUUUCGCUCACAGAGAAGCUUCAGAGCAGAUUGGGAGCCCUUGAAAAUUGAUGGCUCCCUGGAUGUAUGAAAAAUUACCAGAAGUUCAAGUCUUAUGAUCCUGAAGAAGAUAAAACAAGUUCUAUCAAUGCUGGUGGAAGGCCUGCAUAUAGCCGUAGCAGUCUGAAACGACAAAACAGUCGAAAUUCGCAUAUAGACUGAUGUAAGCAAUUGUGUUUCUGUUAGCCAUUAUGAUUUUGAUCCCAACAUUACAUUAAUUGUAUUGAAAUCUCUAUGUUUGUGAAGAAUAAUCUUUCGAUAUUU